AUUUUUAUUUUGUUUUGAAAGCCUUUGAUUGACAAGGUGGUUGCUAGAGCUAAAGUUUUGACUGCUAAAACUUUUGCUUACUCAGGUAGGCUGCAAUUGGUCAAAGUUAUUCGUUUGAGUUUACGGUUUUAUUUGUGCCAGAUUUUCAUAAUGCGUAAGAAAGUAAUUAAGGAGAUUCAGAGGAUCUGUAGAUUGUUUUUAUGGACUGGCAAUACUGUUUCUUAUAAAAAAGCUCAUGUCUCUUGGAACACUUUCUGUCUUUUUAGAGUUGCUGGGGUUUGGAACAUUAAGGAUAUGGUUUCGUGGAACAAAGCUGCUAUCUGCAAGCUUCUUUGGGCCAUUUCUUGUAAGAAAGAUAAGCUUUGGGUGAAAUGGAUUGAUGCUUAUUAUAUUAAGAACAGGGAUGUUUCUAGUGUUAGUUGUCCUGCUAAUAGCACCUGGGUUCUCAGGAAAAUCUUCGACUGUUCUCAAACCAUUAUCUCUGCAGGUGGUUGAGACAGAUUUGUUAAGAAGGGGUCCUUUUUUAUUCAUUUUUUUUUUUUUUAAUUCAACUUAUGUAUGUUUACUUUGUUACUUCGUAUUAAGCAAUAGGUUUUCGAUAAAUCCUGAAUUCUUGUCGUGCGACGAGGGAAAGAACUUUGGAUGACUUGAUCAAAUACCUUACUUUCGCUUUUGGAACUCACAAUUUUUAUAGCUUUAAUUAUUAUGGUACGUACUUAGCAACUUUUCCUUGCAACUCACGGCUACCUUAAUUGGACCAUAUAUACACAAAUUAAAAUUAAACAUCUGGAUUAUUGUUAUAUGAAACCCAACUUAGUUCAUUUAACAAACUCUUAGAUUUUUACAAAGGUGCAAUCAUCGUUCCAAACUAAGGUAAAUUUAAUUUAAUCCCCCAUGACAAAGGAAGCUACUCAUCAAGAAGAAGAAAAUGCGACAACGGUAAUGCUAAAAGUGGGUCCAUUUCCAAGUCCAAAUAGUCGAUUUUAUCCAAGAAGCAGUGAUGAUGGCAAGAUUAUAGUAGCUGAUUGGGAUGAAAAGGGAAGAACGAAAAUUGCUCAAAUGUUCAUAUCAUAUGACAAUAAUUAUAUCAAAUCCCUUUCAUUCCAAUACAUUGAAGAUGGCCAAUUGAUUCUUUCUCCUAUAUUCGGCUCCCAAUAUCUCGAUGGUCACACCUUUGAUACGGUGGCGUUGAUGGAAGGCGGAGAAAGUGAGUACAUCACAAGAGUGAGUGGGUAUCAUGGUUAUAGAGACCAGAGAGGGCGUGGAUUGAUGUCAUUGACAAUCGAAACCAAUAAAGCUACCUAUGGCCCGUAUGGAAGUGGAUCUGUACACGUCGAUAAAUUCAGCUUUAGCUUGGGACAGGGUGAUCAAUUUGGUGGAUUUCAUGGCAGCUCUUCUUCUGACAUUAUUACAUCCAUUGGAGUUUAUUUGAAGCCUAUCCAAAAUACUGUUAUCCUUACCUUUGUUAAAAGACCUGAUCAUCUUCCUAUUGAAAGUAGUGACUAAUUAUAUACACAUAUGAUGUAUAAAGAGUGUGUAGAAGCACGCAAGGAAGCUAUCAACAAUAAUGAAAUUAAAUUUGUACUCUUUGAUUAAGAUUCUCUCGUA